AUGUUUGCUGAUGAUACUCAAUUAGGAACGGCAAAUAAGGAUGUCAAAAGAAUUUUUGAAACGUUAAAUGAUGACCUAGCAAAUAUUUCAGUUUGGAUGGCGGCCAACAAGCUGAGCUUCAACAAAAGCAAAACUGAAUAUAUGUUUAUUGGAUCACAUCAAAAACUUAAACAGUGUAACUCCGAAUUGCAAAUAAAAAUUGGAGAUACGCCUAUUCAACGAGUAACCGUUACUAAAUCACUGGGUAUGAUGGUAGAUGAGACCUCAACCUGGCAUUCUCAAACAGAUCUAAUUACAAAGAAAGUGAACAAGGGUCUUUACGUCCUUAGACGAUUAAGAGAUUUUGUUGAUGUAAGGACUCUAGUAACAGUUUACAAAACCAUAAUUCAACCACACUUUGAUUACUGCUCGCAAGUAUGGGGUUGUCUUGGAAUUACCCUUCAAAACCAAUUCCAACGUUUGCAAAAUAUAGCAGCACGUAUCAUUACAAAGCGUGGCUAUGAAUUUAGAUCAUCCGUAUACUUAAAGAAUUAGAUUUACCUAAUUUAAGUCUCAGAAGAAAUAAUCAGUUAUGUACUACUAUGUAUCAGGUAAAUAAUAACGUGGUGCCUGAUUACCUAAUUGAUUUAUUCACGAAAACCAGUACACUUCAUAAUCAUCAAACUAGGCAGGCUGAAUUUAACAUUGCACUCCCGAGGCCAAGUACCAACUUUUGUAAAAAAUCAUUCUCGUACAGAGGAGCUGUAGCUUGGAAUGAUUUAUUACCUAAUAUAAAAAAUAUGGGUUCAUUGUCAACCUUCAAAAAGGCUCUAGUGUCAAAUAGUGGUAAUAAUUCUUGAUAAUUAAUUUAAAUUUUUUUUCUUUUUCUCUACGAUUUUAUUGUAUUAACUUAAUAAAAUAUUUUUAUAAUUGCAUGUAAUUAUUCAUACAUAUAUAGCACGGCCUAUUGGAAGAUCACAUCUUGUAAAUAUUUUAGUUUUUGUCUUUGUGAAAUAGUACCGUGGGUAAAUAAAGUUUGAUUGAUUGAUUGAUUGAUUUGGAAGCCAAUUCAUUUGAAUAUUCUCCCGCCACCCCUUAAAUAAUUAUAAAGAAACACUCUGCUGCUCGCUCAUGCAGCACCCCCCUAGAAAAGCCUUGCUUGAUGCACCCCUGGGCUCUCUAGUUCCUACAUAUUUAAAAUAGUGAAAGAUUUUCAGAAUUGAAUAUGAAUUUCGCGACACUUGGGAAUGACCGAUUGUACCACAAGCGGAAAUUACCAAUUACCGAUUUUAUUCAUGCAAAAAUCCACCCGAUACACAAUUUAUAAUGACGUCAUAAUGUCUGUCGACCGAGUAAAGGUCACGUCAUUCAUUUCGAUUUUUGAACGAUAAUUUCCGAGGUAACAUGUUAAGCUUCUUUUCCAUUCAUCGUAAAAACCAGCUCGCUCCAAGUACUUUCAUCCAAUGACAACGCUCGACAGUUUAUUUUAAUUAGAUGCGAGCAAAUACAAUAAUUGGUUUUACGGUGAGUGGAAAAUAACAAGCUCCAAAUGAUUUUUGGAGUUAGGCUGGCGUGCCUGGCUACACAUACUUUGGAGUUAGGCAGUAACUCGAUCAAGGCUUAGAUGCCUAGUUUUUCCAUGAUUUUUUGAGUUAUACUUAGCUCCAAAUGAUUUUGGGAGUUUUGACAACUCCGAACUCGUGAAUUAUUGUUUUAUAUCAGUUAGAUACUUUUUUUUUAAAAAGAGCUUAACAUUUGAUGACGUUGAAUGGCCCCGUUCCUUGGUAAUUACUAUCUUUUGAGUUUUGUGAUACAAACUCGAACGGUCUGUGAACGGUAGUGACGAUAAAAAGAAAGCUGUGAACCGAGAGAGAUUACAACUACCUGAAAAAUACAACCAGAAUUUCGACGUUUCGAGCGAAGGCCCUUCAUUGGGAAGUUGGUGGCGACUAACUCCUCACUAUUUUUUGUGUCUUUACCAUUUCAUUAUAUUUUUGCAAAAUGUAUGGGAGAGAGAUUGAGAUUGUUAAGCAAACCAUGAAAUCUUGACUUUCUUUUCCAGAUCGUUGAUGGUGGAAAAACAACCCAUGUUAUAGAUUUGAAAGAUCCUUCUCAAAGCAACUGGCUACGUUUCAUCAACUGCGCACGGAGUGAAGAAGAACAAAACCUUGUCGCCUAUCAAUAUCAUGGUGAUAUUUUUUACCGUGUGUAUAAAGAAAUAGUACCAGAUGGUGAACUACUGGUUUGGUACGGGGAUGAAUAUGGAGAAGAUCUUGGAAUACCGAUUCUGCCAAAUCAGAUUGACGAAGGUGAAAAUGAGGAAGGAGAACAAAUUGGUACACCAUUUGUAUCCAGUCAGGUGAUGAAGAUAGAUGAAGGUGGAGAACAACUUGGUAUACCAAUUUUGCUGAAUUAUGUGAACGAAGAUGAAAGUGGAGAUCAACUUGGUAAAACGAUUCUUCCAAAUCAAGUGAACGAAGAUGGAGAUGGAGAGCUACUUGACAUAUCGACUCUGAAUCGAGUUAACGAAGAUGAACAAUCGCUAGAAAGAUAUGUGUUUUUUAGAAGGUGGUCACACCUGUAA